AAAAUAUUUAAAUCCUAAGACUAGUCGAAUCCACAUCAAACACUCCUGAGCUUGCGCAACACCGUAUUCUUACCCUCCCCGCCACGCUAAAACCCCUAAUCCCAGCACAAAACCCUUUCAGCCCGCAUUUCUAAUCCUCAGUCCUUUCCCUCAGCUCCCGCUGCAGAGUGCAAACACACCGAAACUUAACAAAAAUAUCAGUAAUGGCUGCUGCUUGGCGUGGCUCCAUUUCCAGAUCACUCCUCUCCACCGCGAGAGCCUCCACCUUCCGAUCAGCUCCAGCUGUGCCCCGCGUCCGUCCUCCAACUCUUUCCUCCCUUCGUCUCCGUCCUCGUCGCCUCUCCUUCGCCCAUCCUAGGACAACGGGCGAGCUGGGAUGCGCUCAAUCCCUGAUGCCUCUGUGCAAUGUGACGGCCGGAGCCCAACUGACAUCCCACUUGACUGCUAACUUGCGGGCUUGUUGCGAGCUGUCUCACGGUACCUUCUGCCGAACUUGUCAGGAUCGCUAGUAGUAGUACUUGAACAUGUUGUUGGAUCAGCACAACAGCUGCUAGUUGACUUGGACAAACCUUACAGGAACUGCUUCUUGGAAUUGCAAAUUUCAAUGAGAAUAGGUGUAGGUCGUUUGUUCACUUUUUUCCUUAGAAACUAGAAAUUUAAUGACUUAGAACAAUAUCGUGGAUUACUCGAGCAAGUGGGUUGUGAUCUUCAUAUAAUUUUGAUGCAUGAAUUUCUCGUUCUAAAAUUCCUAGCUUUGCUGUUAUAGUUUCCUUUCAACGUGUAAAUUUCUACUUGGCUUCAAUAUUGCAGCU